CACAUCUUGGAUGCCCUUAAGGAGAAGAAGAAACAAGCCGGAGGAAUUACUCCAGGAGAAACUACAGACAUAAUUGUAAAGAUUGAGAUUAAGGAAGAACCCUGCAGAAUAAAAGAUGAAGAUACAGAGGAACAAAUAGGAGGAGAAACAAGCAGGAGGAAUUACUCCAAGAGAAACUACGGACUUAUUGUUGUAAAGAUGGAGUUUGAGGAAGAACCCUGCAGAAGGAGAGAUGAAGAAACAGAGGAAGAUGGAAACACAGUCAUUUCACAGUCUAAAAGGAAAUCCACACACAAAAAAGCUGGGAAAUCUGGAGUCAAAGGAUCUUUUGCCUGCACUGAGUGUGGAAAGUGUUACACACGUAAACCAGACCUUACGCGACACAUGAGAAUGCACACGGGAGAGAAUCUGCUCACAUGCGCUCAGUGUGGAAAGGUUUUCACAGAAAAAGGAAAGUUGGAUGUACACAUGAGAGUUCACACGGGAGAAAGACCGUUCACAUGCACUCAGUGUGGAAAGACUUACAUACAUGAAGCAGACCUUAAGAGACACAUGAGAAUCCACACGGGAGAAAAACCAUUCACAUGCACUCAGUGUGGAAAUAGUUUCAUUGAUAAAGGAUGCUUAAAUUCGCACAUGAAAAUUCACAGUGGAGAAAAACCGUUCACAUGCUCUCAGUGUGGAAAGAGUUUUGGUUACAAAAACGCUCUCAGAGAUCAUCUGCUCUCUCACACUGGAGUGAGGUCAUACAGCUGUGAUCAGUGUGAUAAAACAUUUGCUUUGGCAACAUACUUACACAGACACCUUAAAGUUCAUGCUGCUGUGAAGCCUCACUUUUGCUCUUUAUGUGGAAAGGGUUUUACACAAAUGCAAAAGUUAAAAGAGCAUGAGCGUGUGCAUACUGGUGUGAGCCCUUUUAGGUGCUUUGACUGUGGGAAGAUCUUCACUACAUCCAGUGCUUUAAAAUUACACCAGAGAGUUCAUACUGGAGAGAAACUAUACAAGUGUUCACACUGUGGAAAGAGCUUCUCAACCUCAUCAUACUUGAAAUCUCAUGAGAGGGUUCAUACUGGAGAGAAGCCGUACCAGUGCUCUUCAUGUGGGAAGACUUUCGCCCACUCACCUAAUCUAGCGUUUCAUAAGAAAAAAGGUUGCUCAAAGUCGUCUGAAUGAGAAAAGUAAAUGUGAUGUUCAGAAAAAGCAAAAGCUGGAAUUAGUUCCAACAGACUCAUUUCAUCUAAGGUAAUUUUUUAUAAUCAGUUUUGAAGUUUGAUUUUUUUGUUACAGUUAAGUAAGAUUAAAGUAGUACAGAAAACCAGUGUGUUGUGAAAUGCCACAAUUUAUGAAGAUAUGUGUAUUAUUUUAAAUUGAUCACGUAUGAUCCUUUCUGAAACAUUAGUACAUUAAAUACCAUAAACUCUUUUUUUGCCCAGCUGUUUGGUGAAUUAUUGAGAACAUAAUGGAAAGAUGUUACUGUGUUGAAAUCACUCAGUCUGUGAAUGUUCAUGAGCUGUUUUAUGGUGUUUGAAACAAAAUAUUUGGGCACGGGGUAGGCUAGCUUAUGGUUGAAUGGGAUUUAGUAAUAUUUUCUCUAUCUAUGAAAUCUUAAAUGUUUUGUGUAAUGUAAUGAUUGCACAUUUUGA